GGGGUGUCGAACGACAACCAGCAACUAGGAUCCCGCCUAGCUGUAUUGUUUAUUUGUGUGUUAGCCAUUGCUUUUGUUUGACGUAUUUAACACUAUAAAGAUAUUACCGCCGUCAUGCCGUGCACUAAUUAUGGGCAGAUACAAUUUUUGGCGGUGAUCGUUUUGUUUUGUGGAGUUCUAGUGACGUUUGUUAUGGCUGGUAAUAAUUUAACCCUGCCCUGUGUUAAAGGGCCGAUGAAUCGUGAUAUAAGCGAUUUUUCGGAUACGGACUUCAUCGACACCGAUUUCAACAUGGACACAAACGUUAUAGACACCGGCUGCGAGGAAACCGACUAUAUAACAUUCAGACAAGAUCCAAGGCUACAUCUGAACUUGAGAUGCACGUACAUGAUUAACAGUAUUAUCCAUUUGAGUCUUACCCAGGUGCUUUUGGACGGCAAUGCGGAUUUGAGACAGACGAUUGAAACGAUCACCAUGUACGAGAAUGUCGCCCAGAAACAGAUGAGCACUCUGUACGAGUUGGACGCCGCACGUUCGCCGACGUUGUGGGCUUUAUUUUACUACCUCCAAUUGUUGAAUAAACCUCAUCACCCUUAUCCUGAUAGAAGUCUAUUGUCAACAGAACACAAAUAUAACUGCAAACUAAUACAGGAUGAAUAUGAUGCUACUUGUCCCCAAAACAACAGGUUAGCAGUGAACCUGUCGUUAAGUGCAAACGAAUACCUAGAAAUAUAUGGUAAACCGGAUAUAUUACUUGAAAAAACGAGGACAUAUGUUUCCAAAAACAUCGCUUUAAUCGAAAGUCUCAUUCGUUCAAACUACAGAAGCGGCUUGAAACGAGCUAGUUACCAUUCGUUGUUUCUCCAUGAUUUGCUCCUUAACGGUUUUGGUUUAUACCAGAAUAUAAGUAAUAUCUAUAAAGAAUAUGACGUGGGGAUCAACUGGGGAAAGCUAUCCGAAAAUGCUAGUAAUUCCUACAACGAAGCUCGCAUUUUUCACCGAGAUAAUUCGAACUUCAGUUAUCUGGUAGAAUGCCAGACGAUGUGCAUAAAUUUCCUUAAACUCAUGAUGGCGCGGUUUUCCGAGAUCCACUUUAAGUUUAUGAUCGUUUUGAUUAACCUACAUGAAUUCAAUUUGGUGAAAUCUUACAUGCAAGAAUGGCUUGCAAUUUUGACCGACUUCGCAGAGUUUCUCAGUUUGAACGACGACAAAGAUGUAAUUAAACUGGAAAGAGGUUAUAAGAGUUUUUUCUGGGUUCCUAGAUCCAAAAUAGAUGUAGUAAUGAAGUUCGAUUCCGACAUAAAUACAAUAGUUACGAAAUUGGCAGAAGAUCUCGAUGUCGAAGUUGAUGAAACGUUCGAUUUUACCGGCGUGUCUGAAGGAGAGCAACUAGAAACCAUCGAAAACCGAAUAGAAAAAAAAACUAUAGAUUCCGCACAUCAAUUCAUCGGCCGCAUUAAAACAUUUUUCAACGGAAAUAAUUUUUUCAAGAUAAUCAAUAUGAUUAUUAAGUUAUAAUUAUAUGAAUUAUUACUAAUGUUUUGUUAAGAUUAAAAUAAUUAAAUAUUUAAAAACCCUUAUAACAUACAGAUUAUUAAUAAUAAUAAUAUAAUAAUGUCUAUGCUCUCGAAAAUAGUAAAUUAUUUUAAAAAUAUACCUUUGUAUUAAAAAAAACAAAUGUCCCAUGUCACAUCGGUCUUAAUUUCGCAUGUGAACUAAUGUAAGGUUGGUGUAUGCCUUCUGUUUAUU